AGAGAUGGUCGAACCGUCCGGCUCUCAGCAUCGCUCGCUGUACAAAACGGGGAACUCGCCGCCUUGGAAAGAAACUUUCAGACGACGAUGCCUGGAGAGAAUGAAAAACAGCCGGGACAGGCUCCUGAGCCAUUAUCGCCAGGCUAGAGGCAAUAUGCCAGAGAGAAAGCAGGAUGCUCUUCUAGUGCAAGAGGUGAUGGAAGAAGAAUGGAAGGCUUUGCAGUCAAUGGAGAGUGCUCCUGAGUCCUUGGCACAGUUGGAGGAGCUAAUGGAUCUGACUGUGCUUGAGAAGAUUCAACAAGAACUAUUUGAUCAAGAACAGUCUAUCAUCAGUGAAUAUGAAAAGAGCUUGCAGUUUGAUGAGAAGUGUUUCAACAUCAUAAUGAUUGAGUGGGAAACAAAUUCCCUCAUCUGUCCUGUAUGUACAAAGUACAACCUGAGGAUAACAAAUGGUGUGGUCAUGUGUCAGUGUGGCUUAUACAUCCCCUCUCAUUCUCCAGAGCUGACAGAACAGAAACUUCGUGCCUAUUUAGAGGACACUGUAAGUGAACACAGUACACACUGUCCUCAUAUACCAAAAUUUUCUGUCAUUGAAGAAACAGAAGGAAAACCCUGUCUUCUCAUGAGUUGUUUGGCUUGUGACAUUUGGUCUGUUAUCAUCUAAAGCCAACACUGAUU